UUUGUGGAAGGAGACGACUUUAUUUUGGGGAGGUUGAGAAGGAAUGAAGGAUAUAUUAUCUCUUUGUCCCUAAAAAUAAAAAUCAAAUCAGUAAAUUCAGUAUUAUUUUGCAAUCUUUGAAUUGAUGGAAGAAGAAGAAAAAGGGAAGGCAACGGAGGAAGAAAUCUCUGAUUUCUCUUCGCUGCCAGAAGGAGUCGUAGCUAAAAUCUUGUCGCUGACCACUCCACCGGAUGUCUGCAGAUCGUCGGCGGUUUGCAGGACUUUCGUUGCGGCUUCGCAGUCGGACAUCGUGUGGGACCGAUUCCUGCCCACCGAUUGGGAGCUUCUGAUUUCUCGGCGAAAACCUAGCAACCUCAAUUUUGAUCCAAUUUCGAGUCCGAAGAAGGAGACCUUUUUCUCCCUCUGCGAUAGCCCUCUGCUGAUUGACGACGGCAACAAGAGCUUUUCAUUGGAUAAAUGGAGUGGUAAGAAAUGCAUAAUGCUUGGUGCAAGGGACCUGUCAAUUGUUUGGAGUGAUAUGCCUGUCUAUUGGACUUGGGAGCCUCAUCCUGAGUCAAGGUUUGCUGAGGUAGCUGUUCUCCUCAACGUCUGGUGGCUUGAAAUUAAAGGAAAGUUAAGCUGCAAAAUGUUGUGUCCUGCAACAACUUAUGCAGCUUACUUUGUGUUUAAGAUGAGUGAACGUAGGUAUUAUGGGUUUGAUAUAGUUGCUGCUGAUGCAGCAGUGGCCAUUGUUGCUGGGGAAUGCUGGACAAGUAGAGUUUGCUUGGACCCCUUUUUAGACAAUGCUCCACCGAAGCGCCGCCGUCGUACACCGUGUUUGAGAAGAAAUCCACUUGGCAAUAGCAUGUCAAGGGCAAAACAGCCACAGGAGAGGCAUGAUGGUUGGUUUGAAAUCGAGUUGGGAGAGCUUCACAAUAAUGGUGGAGAUGAUGAAAUUGAGUUCUUUCUUAAGGAGGUUAAUUGCAAUUAUUCUAAGAGUGGCCUCAUCGUUCAAGGGAUAGACAUUAGGCCUAAAAUUAGUCGUCGUCCUGCAUAGAUGAGUUCUUGUAAACUUUGUCAAUCUAAGCAUAACUGUAUAUAAGACAACAAUACUCGACCUCUUGCAAUUGUUGAACUACGAAAAAGGAAAGACUCGUAAACUUUAGUAAUGUCAUGGUCAUGUACUAUUACAGAAUUACUUUUGACUAUAAAAGAGGGAUAACCAAAAACUUUGCUCAGGA